AUGAAGGCCAGUGCUCCUAAGCCCAAGUGGAGCGACGUCUCAGCAAUGAGUUCGACCACGAAAAGCUAUUGGGCCCAAUGGGACAGCUUGCUGAUUCAGGAUGGAGUCCUGUGCCGUAAAUGGGAAAAUGGUCGGGGAGACAGGUGUCAUUUACAAAUGGUUGUCCCUAAGGCUAAAGUGCCGGAUGUUCUACAGCUGUACCAUAGUGGUUGUUCAGGAGGCCACCUGGGAGUUAAACGACCUCUCCUGAAGAUCCGAGAACGGUUUUACAGGGUCCACUGUCGUGACGAUGUCGAGGACUGGUGCCGCAAAUGUACAAGUUGUGCGGCUGUAAAGGGACCUCAAAUUCGUAGUAGUGGCGCAUUGAAAUUGUACAAUGUUUGUGCACCAUGGGAGAGGAUAGCCAUUGACGUUGCGGGGCCGUUUCCAGAAACUGAAAGUGGUAACAAGUAUUUCAUGGUUGUGAUGGAUUACUUCACUAAGUGGCCAGAAGUCUUCGCCAUUCCAAAUCAAGAAGCUUCAACAGUUGCAGAUAAACUAGUUCAUGAAGUCUUCUGUCGUUUUGGAGUACCUUUAGAGAUUCACAGCGAUCAAGGAAGGAAUUUCAAGUCUCAAAUAUUCCAGGAAACUUGCAGAGUUAUGGGUACUCAUAAAACACGAACAACUUCUUACCACCCACAAUCUGAUGGAAUGGUAGAACGAUUUAAUCAGACAUUGGAAAGGUACCUGGCCAAAGUUGUGGAAAAACGGCAACGAGAUAGCGAGUGUCUAGUUCUGCUACUCGAUACUAGAGGGCGCUAG